CUCCCUAUGGUCAAAACACACAGGAAGUGCACAGGAAGUUGUAACUGUUCAUCGCAUCAAUCAGCUGUGAGGUUAUUUGGAUGUCCUACCCAAACAAUACAGGCAGCGGGGACAGAUUGCUGGAAAUAUAAAGCGGCAUAUUUUCCUUUUAUGAUCUAUAACGGUACAUUUAAUUGAUCAAUUCAUUUGUAGCGUUUCCAAAAUGAGUGAAACUGUGAACCUCGCUGAGACGUUGUGAUAGCACAAGUAACGUGAACCAGACAUUGUUAGCUGCUGUUAGCACGAUGUUAGAUGCUAGCUGGGUAAGCUAAUGUAGCCUAUGUGAUAACCCGGCACUAGUGGGGGAAAAGGUGGUUUUAGAGAAGGUUUUUUGGGGAGAGUAACAUAGUAUCAAUCUUUAUGUUUAAAAGUUGUAACUCAACAAGGCAGCCAACCAUCCGUAUCCGAUGUGUUUACAUCCAUUAACUACUUAGCACCGUUGCGUGGUUGAAAUUCAAGGUAGCAAGAGAAAGUUGACUUAGCUUAGCUACGACAUAAAGGAUAACAUCCACCAAACUGGACAAAACAUUGGAUCUUUCGGGCUUUAAAUCGGGCUCGGCGGGUUCGCUGACCCCCCAGAAGAAGAUGAAGAAGAGGAAGGAGCUGAAUGCCUUGAUCGGACUCGGGGACAGCAAGAGAAAGAAGACCAAAAAGGGGUCCGGUCACCGACUUCUCCGAACCGAGCCGCCGGACUCGGAGUCUGACUCGAGCUCGGAGGACGACGAGUUCACCAACCUAAGCAGCUCAGCUAACUUUGGGAAAAGAAGCUAUACGCAGUGCUGCAGCGUGUGCUACCCCUUGUUUCUGUUCAUCAUACUAGCUGCCUGUGUCAUGGCCUGUGCUGGACUCAUAUGGAUGCAGAUUGCUCUGAAAGAAGAUUUAGACUCUCUGAAAGAAAAACUGCAGAGCAUGGAAGCAAGCCAGAAGGUGUCAUCGAGUGAAAUACCAAAACUAAGUGAAGACCUGAAAAACAAGGAAAGAAAGCUUGAUGACAUUGCAAGUGGGGACAAGGGGUUAAGCAAACUCUGGUCUAACCUAACAGAAAUUAACAGAAAGAUCAGUUUGCUGGAUUCUGCUGUAAAUCAUUUAAAGGCCAACUUGAAGUCAGCUGCCGACUUAAUCGGCCUUCCCACAAUAGUCGAAGAACUUCAGAAGAGUGUUGCUACAAUUGGCAGCACACUAACAAGUGUCCAGCAUGAUGUGAUGACUAUGCAGGCUGCCUCUGAAAAUAAGCAGAAAGAUGAUGACUUGCAGAAGACAAUGGACAUUACAGACCUGAGAAAAGCAGUGAGUGAAGCUAACAAGACAGAGGAGCAGCACCAUUUAUGGACUGAUGAGCAGAUCAACAUCCUUCUCUCUACAGUCGCAGAUCUUCGUCAGAGAAUGGCCUCAUUAGAGAAGGUGUCGAAACACAGUGACAAUGAUGCAACAACUCCAACAAUUAGCGGUGAAAGUCCAGUAACUGAGAUGGUGAAAGAUGCUAUUACAACCAACGCAACACCAGAUGUGCAGGAGCUAUCCACACCAGUGGCCGAGCCGCAGACGAGCAGACGUCCACUCUUCUUAACUCCAAAUCGCUCCAAGAGAAAUGCUGAGACAAGAUGUCCAAACAGGGUGUCCCUUCCUGGUGUCAGUUCAAUGAAAGACUUGGAAGACCUCUUCCAGCAGGCAGGUGUUGGAAGUAGUUCACCUGGCUUGACUUACCGAGACCUGAGGAAAGUAUUUGGAGCAUCAGCUCCCACUGCUCGUACCUUGGAGUGCUUUGACAUUGACCAAGACCAAAGGUACUCUGUGAUCGAGCUGAUGGCUGCUGUCGGUUUGUGAGCAUAUUAUCACUGACAGUGGUGAACAGUAUUCAGACCCAGCCGGGCCUGGGGGUUCGGAGUUUUGAUCCCUUUUCUGUAAUUGCUGCACUUUCAUGAACUGAACAUUUAUCAUAGAUUGUGGAACAGUGCUGGCAUGCCCCCUUCUUACUCCCCCUCCCCUCAAUCUAUUGUAACACAACCUCAGCCACAAUAGCAUUAGCUUAAAUUUUAACUGUAAUCCAUAUGAGUAUAUGUAUGCAGACUAUUCAGCUAUUUUAGCAAAUUCCUUGGUUUAUAAUAAUGAAACAGAAAAAUGAGUAAAUCCAGUUCUCCAUCCUGAGACUUGCUGUUUUCCUGCACCUGUGUUUUGUUCCUUUUAACCAAUUAGUCUCAAUUUGAUGUAACAUUUUUGUGUUUAGCUUCUCUGGAGGCUGUAAAUGCCAUUGUGUUUCAGCUGUCCUCACCCAUCCACACAAAUGCCCGGUACUGUUCAGCUCAACCUUGUUUAUAGAACUUGAGAUCGAAUUUUAUGAAUGUUUACAAAUGACUAUUAGAAUCUUUGCGAGACUUUGGUUUUGUUUUUAACUUUACUAAUGUAUCUGAGGCACACAAUUGGGCAUAAGAGUAAAGACUUUUUAUACUCUUUUCUAAGCUAAAGCUAGAGUUUUGGAUU